AUGACAACAAACCUGAAACUGACGGAGAGUGCACCGUCAACGAAAACUGAUGGGGAUGCCGCACCGGUGUCGGCGAUGCGGUCGAGCACUGGGGUCGACGGAGAGGACUCGACGCGGGUUCGACAGAGAGGUUGCAGUGCUGGAGUGGGCUGCUAUGUUGCGGUUCGUCCAUCUGAGUGCGCCGGUGUCUCGAUUGGGGUUCCAAUUGGGCGGCGGGAUUCGUGA